AUGCGUCAUGAGGAUGGACAUACGAAUCUACCUGAGAGCGUUUCAGUUGGAGGCGUACUAAUUGGAAAUUUUCUGGUCCCGGCCUGUUUGAUGAGUAUCGCUUACCUCGACCCGGGAAAUAUCGAAAGUGAUCUACAGUCAGGAGCUGUUGCACAGUUCAAACCGCUCGCCUUGGUGUUGUCUCAGGACUCGGGUGUUGUCUCAGGAAAGCAUAUGGCAGAGAUAGCCCACUCCUACUAUCCGAAAUGGCCUCGACUAGCCCUCUGGAUUAUGGUAGAGAUCGCCAUUAUUGCUUCUGAUAUGCAAGAAGUCAUCGGAACGGCAAUUUCUCUUUACUUGCUCUCUGAUGGGAAAAUUCCUUUGUGGGCCGGAGUGCUAAUAACGAUUUGCGACACCUUCACCUUCCUGUUCUUGGAAAGAUAUGGUGUCAGAAAAUUCGAAGCUUUCUUUGCCUUUCUCAUUGCUUGUAUGGCAGCAUCAUUUGGGUUUGAGUUGUCGGGUCUACUAUUUACGGGCAUGGUAGUGCCAUGGUGCCGCCAUUGCGAUACAACUCAAUUCUUACAAGGUGUCUCCAUUGUCGGUGCUGUUAUAAUGCCACACAACCUCUACCUGCAUUCAGCCCUUGUGAAGAGCCGACUGGUUGAUCGAACUCGGGAGGCAAAAGUGAAGGAGGCAAACAAAUAUUAUUUUAUCGAGUCAUUUUUCGCAUUGUUCUGUUCGUUUUGGAUCAAUGUACUUGUGGUAGCUGUAUUCGCUCAAGGAAUGUAUGGCAAGACGAAUGCCGAUGUGAAACAUAACUGCGACACACUGGACAAUCAUAUGCCGGGGUUCUACAAGGACGUAUUCGAGAACAACACCGACAUUGCCGAUGUCGACAUUUUUCAUGCAGGAGUGUUCCUCGGAUGCACUUUCGGUGUGGGUGCGUUGUACGUAUGGGCAAUUGGAAUUCUGGCUGCUGGACAGUCCUCAACCAUGACUGGUACUUAUGCUGGACAGUUUGCUAUGGAGGGCUUUGUACAAAUCAAACUACCUCAGUGGAAACGAAUACUUGUGACACGGUUUCAGAAAGCAUUUGCGCUCACAACUUCUUUGUUGGUUCUGGCAAUCAAUUUCUUCUUCCUUUACGAGUUUGUGGACACCACGUUUGGCCUCAGUGCCAUAUCGAUCUCUAUCACCGCUGUCUUAUCGGUGCUAUACGUGUUAUCUCUGGCCAUGGCGCCUACCUUACUGGUAACGAUAUUCAGUGGAGGAAUACAACAUAUUACUGGUUUAAACGAUUUUCUUAAUUGUGUACAGAUGAUUCAACUGCCAUUUGCUAUAAUACCUGUGCUCACAUUUGUUUCCGACAAGCGGGUUAUGUAUAAUUUCAAGACGUCAAGGUAA